CCGAUUCCCUCGAAACCAUUUUUGCUCUCUACCUUUCAUUUCAUGUGUAUGUGUGUGUGUAUUUAUUGUCUGAUUCUGAACCUUCCCCGAUUUGACAACUGAUGGAGGCUCACCCGCUCAGCACUGACGCCGCCGCGUGGCAGUCUCUCGGCCUUUUGCUCGCCCGGGGCCGCCCCACCCAUCCAUCAGAGCUGGCUUUCCGUUCUACUCCAGAUUUCAUACGCUUCCUCUGCUCAAUUCCUAACUCUCCUAUCACUCUAGCGGAUGAUGACCUAGUCACUUUCUCGCAAAUCGGAGUUGCCGCUCUCGUCGAUUUCUUGUCCAAUUCAGAUUUGAUUUCGAGGUACUUGGAUUUGCCACAAGUUGUUCCGCGUUUGUUGGCAAAUGUUAAGUCAAAUGCCCUAAUGAGGACGUAUUGUAGAAAAAGGAAGAGGAUCGUAGGGGAGAAUGAGGAAUUUGUGACCAUGAAAAAGAAGAGGUUUUACCUGGAUUUAGAUGGUAAACAUUAUCUCUCUCUUUCAGCGUUCUUUGUGGUUGAAAUGAGCUGCAUUGAUGUCAUCACUCAAGGUACUGAGACAUUAUCAAGCCUCCCAUCACUCUCAGCUUCUGACUGCUGGAAACUUAAAAGAGACAUGUUUAUACCUGUAGCACAUAGAGACUUUGAAUUUAAAGCAGCUGAAAUUCCGAACAUGCUGAGGCUUAGCUGUUUACAUAGAACGAGUUCUAAGCCUUAUUUUCUAGAUCUAUAUAGUGUUCCACAUAGACACCAAAUAAUGACAGAAGAAUUAUUAAAUUCUGUCCCUUCUCCAAACAAGCUACCACAUUCAUUGAGUAGUAAUUUUGAAGAAGGGAGUGGAAUUGGUAUAGUAGAUCCUGCAUCAUCUAAGUUAGAAAUAGAUGAGCAGAUGACAGUAACACAAAGAAGAGCCGAUGCUGUUAAUCAAGGUUGUGAUUCGUUGACUGAAAGUGGUGCUGAGAAAAAAAAGGAAGUAUUUGUACAUGAUUCUGGUAGUUGCAUAGGGCAUAUGGAGCAUCAGCCAUUAGAUAAAACCCAUAACCCUGAAAAGGCAGUGCCUAAAUCCAAUAAUAAGGAUCACAUUUCCAGCAGACCAGGAACGGCAGACACAGUUUCUACACAGCAAACGAAAAAGAUAGACUUUGACCAGAUUCUAAAUGCUAAAGAAAAGAGGGAUGCAUCAGUUGAGAAUAGGGAAAAGCCUUCCUCCAUAUCCAAUGAUUCUGAGCAAGUAUCUUUUCCGGAAUUUGAGUCAUUUAUUGUGGAACAAGAGGAGGGUUCAGGAGGUUAUGGUACAGUUUACCGGGCAAGAAGGAAAGCCGAUGGAGUAAUAGUUGCCAUCAAAUGCCCUCAUGUCAACGCCAAUAAACAUUAUGUGAAUAACGAGAUAAAAAUGCUAGAGAGAUUGGGGGGGAAAAACUUUGUGAUAAAGUAUGAAGGUUCAUUUAAGAGUACGAGUGCUGAUUGUCUUGUUUUACAACAUGUUCGGCAUGAUAGACCUGAGAUCUUAAAAAGAGAAAUGAAUGUUGCCGACCUACAGUGGUAUGGUUAUUGUCUGUUCAAAGCCCUUGCUGGUCUACAUAGGCAGGGAAUUGUUCACAGAGAUGUUAAACCUGGAAAUUUUCUUUACUCCUGCAAGGACAACAAGGGUUACCUGAUUGAUUUCAAUCUUGCAUUGGAUAUGCGCACAAAGUAUGGGACAGUCGGUGCGUUUUAUUCUUAUGCAAUCAACUUGGUUUAUACUUUUAUUAACAUGUCAAGUGUAGAGGACCUGAUGAAAGAUAAUAUUUUUUCAUUUUGGGCUGACAAAUUCUUUGUCUCCUGUGAUAGAUACGACAUGCAUGAACACAGUAACAAAAAUGUUGGAAAAGUCUGUAGAUCCCUUUUACCUCCCGGGAACCUGAAAAGGAAGGUUGACAAAGCAAAGGUUAUCACUGAAGCUAGCAGCAGGAAUCUCAUUAAAAGUCAGGGUGCUGAUGGUUCUGGGAUAACUUCUGCCAAGGAUGCAACAAGCACUAGAACUGUGUCUGCAGAAAGGUUGAGAGAACCAUUACCAUGCCAUUUUACUAAUAGGAAGCAGCUGUUAAGCCUUGCUCGGGAAGCCGUGCAGGGUGGAAAUCAUGGAUCUGUCGAUGCUCCCAAAUCAAAGAGAAAAAGAGUUGCUGCACCUGCCGGGGAUGUAGGUAGAAAACUUUUGUAUGUCACUCCAAUGCCACUGCAUGCUAAUGGAAAUGCCAUUUGUGGGGCUGGAUUACUUAAAACCAAAGGAGAUGGGAAGCCGACCAGAGAGGGUCCUUGUGCUGGAACUAAAGGCUUUAAGGCUCCAGAAGUAUUAUUCAGAUCUCUACAUCAAGGCCCUAAGUCUGAUAUUUGGUCUGCUGGAGUGACCUUACUGUACCUGUUGAUUGGCAGAACACCUUUCACUGGCGAUGCCGAGCAGAACAUAAAAGAGAUAGCAAAGUUAAGGGGCAGCGAAGCUCUCUGGGAAGUCGCAAAGCUGCACAACCAUGAAUCAUUAUUUCCAACGGACCUGCUCGAUGUAAAAUACACAGCACCGACGAGUCUUCAGGAUUGGUGUGCACAAAAUGUACGACGACAGGAUUUCUUUGAUGCCAUACCAAGUUCACUAUUUGAUCUCGUAGAUAAGUGUUUAAUGGUGAAUCCACGACAGAGGAUCACCGCAGAUGAAGCUCUUGCACAUGACUUCUUUGCUCCAUGCCAUCAGGCAAUCAGAAAGCUGAGGCAGCGAAGGCAAGCACAGGCCUAAGCUGUGGUGGAUCAAUAGGUAUU